UUUUCUGCUAAUUCAGUUAUUUAACUACAAUAUUGGAAAUUAUUAGUGCGCAUGGCAUUAAUGAAGGUCAAUGCGCAUAGUCAAAACAUUGCGCAUUCCGUAGCUAACUUCUCUGAGUCGAUCGACCUGCGAACGGAACGGAACUGUCAGUGCUAACAAGAGCCUCUUCGUUUCGUUGUGCUGUUUUUAGUGCUGAGUGUUUGUAAAAAGCUACUCUACUAGCUUUUGGUUUUGUUUUGGUGCUGUGUACAAUAGAAUUACAGGAUGCCAGCCCCCGCGCCCCCCGCCGAGAAUGGCGCCGUCGCGCCCAGCGAGCUGGAGCAGCUGCAGAUGCGCGCCGGACAAGUCACAGACGAGUCCUUGGAGUCGACGCGGCGUAUGAUGCAACUAUGCGAGGAGAGCAAGGAGGCGGGCAUUCGAACUCUGGUCGCUCUAGACGACCAGGGAGAGCAACUGGACCGCAUCGAGGAGGGCAUGGACCAGAUCAACGCCGACAUGCGCGAGGCGGAGAAGAACCUGUCCGGCAUGGAGAAGUGCUGCGGCAUCUGCGUGCUGCCCUGUAACAAGGGAGCAUCGUUCAAGGAGGACGACGGCACGUGGAAGGGCAACGACGACGGCAAAGUCGUCAACAACCAGCCCCAGAGGGUGAUGGAUGAACGCAACGGCAUAGGACCACAGGCCGGCUACAUCGGCAGGAUAACAAACGACGCCCGCGAAGACGAGAUGGAGAACAACAUGGGCGAGGUGAACACCAUGAUCGGCAACCUGCGCAACAUGGCGCUGGACAUGGGCUCCGAGCUCGAGAACCAGAACCGCCAGGUGGACCGCAUCAACCGCAAGGGUGAAUCCAACGAAACGAGGAUAACGUUGGCCAACCAGCGGGCACACGAGCUGCUCAAGUAAACUGCGAGCGACGCCACCACACACAUACACACACACGGUCUCGUGGUCAAGCGGGAUAGAGAUAGCGUUAUACUAAUGUACUUACAACUAUACUUUUCUAACGUAUGUACAUUUCAUUUACAAAAGUAAGAUGGUUUUUUUUGUGUAUGUUUUAAGUGUGAGGGGAUAAACGCUAUGCUCUUGUAUUGCUGUACUCGUCAGAAAUGCCACACAAGGCAAAGCGUUUUUCUUUCAUAAUUUAUAGUGAAAGUAUCAACAUCGCAUAGUAUAGCGCUGACUCAAUCGAUUUUAUUUUGAGUUAAGAGGUCAGUGAAACGACGCGGUAUCUAGAGAGUUCCCAAGCAGCUUUGUUAUUUUCUGAUCUUCCUUAGAUAUUACCUAAUAUUUUAGUCCCUUUGAAUACGUAUUCUUAUACUAUAGGUUGGUACCGCGCCUUUUCCUCACUUUAAUUAUUAGCUCGAUACAAAACUGUUGUAGAAAGAUUUCGGACCGAGUGUCUUAACUAUUAUAAAAAUAAAUAUUUAAUAUAUUUAGCUUGAUUCCUCAAUUUCCAGUUGAAUAAUUUUAAUCCAGUUUAGAUCUUAAUAUCAUGCUACUGUAUCAAAUGAGGCUAGUGUUUCUUUGCCAUCCCUUCAGAGGAUGUUAAUUUCCUCCUAUAUUUACCUUUUCGCUUUCGUACAUAAUGUUAUGAUAUUCUAUGAUUUUGGUGCUCAUUUUAUGCAGUAGAAUUGUGAGUUAACUAUAAUAAUUAAUCUCAUAUUUAAAUAAUACUAGCACAUACUAUAUAUUAUAAAUACUAGGUAUUUAGAAAGUUAACCCGUUUGAAGAUUUUAUUUUGAGAAAAUGCAUUUACCUACGUUAUAGGAUAAUAGUUGUUUAUAAAAUAUGGUUAAGAAAUUGAACAAGUAUUAAUUUGAAUAAACUCAAAGUAGCAGACACACUAUUGACCAGGAAAAUGGCUUAAGAUAAGUUACAUUUUCUCUUUUUAUUAUUUAACAUGCACUUUUAUGCUAUAAUAUCUAAUAAACAUACCUAUUACAUAUUUCUAGUUGCGAUAUUAUAAAUGUACAGCUAGAAAAAAAUGCAAGCGUAAAGCGUAAUUUCUAACUAAAAUAAUUAAACAUUUAGAAACUUUUGCUGUUGUCUAUACCUAUUCAAUAUUAUCGGAUCUAUUUCAAAAAAGUCCCAAGUUUAUAGUUAAAAAUCCGAUCUUUGCGAUUUCUGAAAGGAUAUUUUUAAUGUAUUGUCAAAAUUAAACCACAGUCAUAUUCGCCACUUGUACGUUUCUUGUUAUCUGGUUAAAGCUGACAUUAGACCGUCUUCAGAACCGGUGAUUUGUAUGUAGUAGUCUCAUUGUUAAUUUUAUAUAAUUGUUGACAACUCUCUGUUAUGAUAGGGUUGCUUAUACGUCUUGAUGGACUUGUGAUAGUAGUUGAGAUUAAGUGGUGUUUAGUCAGCCAAGCCACUGAAUAAAACGGUUCUGUUUUUUUUAUUAAAAUACAUAAUUAUGUACCCACACUCACAUUUCAUAGGAGCAUUUAUGUGUACAGUACAAUCACCUGCGUAGAUAACUAAAUACUUAAAUAUAUAUUAUAUAAAAAAUCGACCCCAGAAUAUGUACAUCCAAAUAUAGCACAUAUCUCUAAAGAAACAUAUCUGCUUCUAUGGAAAAGUCCCGUUCCGGCUGGUGUUAAUUAAUUAUUAAUAAACGUAGGUAUAAUUAUAACUAUAGGCGAUCUAUUCAUAGUAUUACAAUAAUUUAUUCGUAGUAUUUUUAUUUACUUUGCGAAAAAAAUAAAUUAUUUCAUUUACAAA